AUGCCCAUCAUCAACCGCCUCCUCCACAUCACCAACUUCAAGUCGCCGCUCCUCCGAACCAUUGUGCCCUCCGUGGGAGCCGCGCUGGCCGUCCAAUUCGCCGCCGGGCUGCCCAGCGUGCUCGCAUCCACAGAACGCUUCUUCGACUUCUCGGGCUCGCUCACCUUUCUCGCCGUCGGCGCACUCAGCUUGUACCUGCCGCACCUGCGAAGCCGCGUGGGAAAUGCGGCGCUGCCCAAGCUAGCCGGCGCGUUUGCCUCGGGCGCCUGGAACUGGAGACAGGUGGCCGUGACGGGCAUGGCAAUGGCGUGGGCUGCCAGAUUAGGGGCGUACCUCUUCCACAGAAUCAGCCAGGAGGGCCACGACGCGCGCUUCGACACGGUGCGCACGAAACCGCUGCGCUUCGCCUUCGCCUUCUUCAUGCAGGCCGUCUGGGUGUCGGUCAUGCUCAUGCCCGUCAUGGCGGUGAAUGCCGUCCCCGCUGCGGCGUUUGCGGCCGUGCCCCGGCUCACCGUUACCGAUGUGUUGGGCAUCGGUGUCUGGACGGGCGGCAUCGCGCUGGAGACGGCUGCGGAUGCGCAGAAGAGCAGGUGGGCGGAGGGGCGGAGGAAGAAGGAGCACGACGAGCCGUUCCUGAAGACGGGCUUGUUUGGCAUGUGUCGCUUUCCGCAUUACUUUGGCGAAAUCUCCCUGUGGACGGGCCUGGCGACUACGUGCGCCGGUGUGCUUGCUCUGAAACCCGUUCAGUUGGCUCUCGGGUUCCGUACGCCGGCUGGGAUUGUUGCCACGACGGCCUUGUCCUUUGUUGCGCCUGCGUUUUCGGGUCUAUUGGUUACCAGGGUUUCCGGUAUUCCGUUGACCGAGGCGCGACACGAUGAAAAGUACGGCGGAAGAGCAGAUUAUCAGGAGUGGAAGAGAAACACGCCAAAGCUCGUGCCGAAGUUAUGGUAG